ACCUCGCCCUCCGGCUCCGCCCAGAGCACCACUGCGACACGGAGGACGAGGAAGAAACAGAGUCCCUGGACUCCAGUGUUGAGCUAUGUGAAAAGGAAGUGAAUGAGUUGCUGUCAUAUUCAGUGGAGGACCUGCCCUUCCCCCAUUCUGGGUGUCCUGACCCACCUUACCAACAGCAGCAUCGCAUCUUCCCUGCAGAGGAGCGUGAAGCGAGUUCUGCGCCGGAUGGAACCAAACCUGAAGGCAUCCUGAAACCUCAGGAGGAGCAGGCAGCCGAGCUGUCCAGGUCUGCAGUGGAACUGGGGAACCAGAUGUUGACACACAUAGGGAACACUUGCUGCAGUUGGAAGGUUAUCAUCUUCUCCCUCCGUCGCAGAAUCAGGGACCUGCUGUCUCGGGAUGGCCCUGGGAGUCGUGAGGGGCAGAGCCACCGAGACCACGCUGAGGGGCACAAGCUGGCCGAGCCCCUCGCCCUCCAGCCCCGCCCAGAACCGGGCUCCAGGAGAACAGCAGCCUCGCCCAGCAUCCUCACAGGAAGGAGAGGUGGCAGCGGGAGGCGUGUGCGAUUCCUCACAGCCUCGGCUGAGGAGCUGAAUUUGGAUGCUUCCCUUGGAUUGAAGACCCCUCCCAAGGCAGAGGGUGAUGCUCUUCAGGACUCAGAUGAUGCCACCUGUGGGAUUCGGGCCCAUGGCCUUCCUGAUGCAGCCGCUGUCCUGAGACGGACAGUGAUGGAAGGGAAACCCCGGUUCCGCCAGUGGAAAAUGGCCUGCAGGUUCCCAGGCGCUCAGGCUUAGGGCACAGAGGUCCCACAUACUGCUGGAGCCAGGGAAGGUACUGCUGACUUAAGAAGAUCAAUCACCAAGAGGACCUUCUGCAUGUUAUACUGAUAUCUACAACAACGUACCAGCUGCAUCGCCAUCAGCACAGAGGAGCAAUGCUUUGUGAGAGCUGAAUUCUCAACCAGGGACUGCACUUGAGUUUUAUUCCAAAGGCCAGGUUUUGUUUUUCAAAGUCACAGUUCCUCCAACUCCAGAUGUGACAAAUACUCCAGAAGCCAGGGGCCUUGAUCCAGUUUCUCCAAAUUUCAAUUUUAAUCCUGUUAGGUUAACAAGAAUUACUAGAAUGAUAUUGUCUCAAAUAUCCACUUGAAAAUUCUAUUUUAUAGUCUUUUAAUUUUAUCAUUUUGGGGGAUAAGGAUCAAAGUUAAUAUGUUUAUUUCCUAGUUGUACUACUCUAAACUCCAGGUGAUUUUAGGCAGAUUUUACCGUAUCUAGCAGAAUGUAUUUCUCGUAAUUUUUUGUCCCUAUUGUUUAUGUAUUUUGUUUGGUACUUUGGAAGUUUUAUAUAGUUAUGUUUCAUAUUACCCUAAGCCUAUAUUUAAAACUUUAGUCACCUUUAUUUGAAAAAUCCCAUAUUAGUUGUAUUGUAAAUGUUAGGCUAUGUUUACCAUAUAUACUAGGUUGUGUUCCUUACAGUUCUUUCUCCAUGCUGUAUGUGAGUGUUUUAGAAUUCAGGAUGGAUUGAAGGGCAUGUGAUUCACAUCACCCUAAGAACAUUCUAGACCUCUGUAGUCUUCUUCAUUUGACAGGUCUCUCAUGGUUACUUUCUCAUUUCUACAUGAUGUCUCCCAACUUGAAGUAACAUCGUAACAGCACUUGUUUUCUUUACUUUUACUCAGUUACCUGCUAUUUAUAGUGUUAUUUCCACCCAGCCAUACAUAGCCCAGUUACACACCAUUUCUCCUACCUGUCUACACUGUGAUUUUUCUUUGACAUCCAAAUGUAAUGUAUCACUGCUCACCCCUUCUUCAACAUCGAGCGUCCUCUGUUCUCCUACCUGGUUGGAAUUCUCCUGUAACCACUGUCACGAUGGAAUCGGGUGGCUGUGGGUUUUACAUGAAUGUUGUUCUCUGUCCACUGCCUCAACACAUAGGAGUGUGAAGGACAUGAGUGAGGUCUAACAGUGAUUUUUCUUGACUGUUUAGAAAAUAGGUGUGUUUUCUGCGCUUCAUUUUCCUACAAAGUACAGAUUCCUACCAGUUGUUAAUAUUUAAUUGUAAGUCAGUAUCUGAGCUUCCUAUUUGUUGUUUGUUUGUUUCUUUAAAACAGUAUUCACAUAAAAUCUGCAAACUGAAAUCAGGUGGUGAUGUCUGCUGUAAUACUCAUCUCCUCCCCAUUUUCUUUUCUUCUGUCUCGCUGUGUCCCUUGUCAUUUCCUUGUUUCUCGUGCUUGUUUUAAAACUUGACCAUUCGCAUACGUCCCUAUCAGCCAGGGAGGAGCAGGCCCCCACCGACACUUUGCUCAUUCCUCUCCUUAGCUAAAUGACCAGCUUCAUCACUAGCACAAGCUCCCUUUUACACAACACUGGAGGAGGUGUAGAUGAGAUCUCGGUGUUUCCGUCAAGGUUGCCUUUCCUGCAGUUUUCAGUGACCUCCUCAUCUCCACGGGCAGUCUCCAGAACCACCGUUCACCUACGCCUUUCCAGCAGCCCCUGAAAUCCUCGUCCCUCCUCUCCCCGACCCUGUUGCACAGCUGCCUCCA